AUGGACCCUUCUCAGGUCCAAAUCCCUCCCAUGAAAGACCUCACCGUCGACAACAUCACCGAAAAUGUCAUCACCAUCAACUCUCUCUGCGAAGAUGAACGUAUGAAAUACGUCCUAGAGCGCCUCGUCACGCAUCUGCAUGACUUUGCGCGCGAAACUCGCCUGAGCAGCACCGAAUGGAUGACUGGCCUUCAAUUCCUCACCGAAGUCGGCCAGAUCUGCACCCCGGUCCGACAGGAAUUCAUUCUCCUCUCCGAUAUCCUCGGCCUCUCGAUCCUGGUCGAUUCCAUCGACCAUCCCAAGCCGCCCGGGUCCACUGAAGGGACCGUUCUGGGCCCGUUUCACACCCACGACGCAGAGGAACUGCCCAACGGAGAUGCCAUCUCGCAUGAUCCCAAGGGGGAACCGUUACUGGUGGUGUGCACACUACGAGAUACCGAGGGCCGACCGAUCGAGGGGGCCAAGAUUGAUAUCUGGGAGACGGACUCGACGGGCCAUUAUGAUGUGCAGUAUGCGGGCAGAGAGACUCCCGAUGGGCGAUGUGUGAUGCGUUCGGAUGCAGAGGGCAUCUUUUGGUUCAAGGCAAUUACGCCGGUGCCGUAUCCGAUUCCGCAUGAUGGGCCUGUGGGGAAGUUGCUGAAGAAGUUGCAUCGUCAUCCGUAUAGACCCAGUCAUAUGCAUUUCAUGUUUGAGAAGGAAGGUUAUGAUCAUUUGAUAACAGCCCUCUACCUCCGCAAUGACCCUUACGAAACAUCCGACGCAGUCUUUGGCGUGAAAGAUUCCUUAGUCGUGGACUUGGCCAAGGUCAGUCCCGAGAUGGCAGCGAAAUACAAUGUCCCAGAGGGACAAGCCCUCCUCACAUACGACUUUGUCUUGGUCUCGGACGAAGAAACCCGGGAAUUGCGUGCAACGAACUCGAAAAUUGCCCUGGAUAAGCUGGGCCGAAAGGUCAAGAUUGUCAAUGGGUUGCCUGUGCCGGAUCUGGAUUGA